AUGUCCCACAAACAGGGAUCGCCAGUCGUUUUGCCAAAGAAGACACCGCUUUGUGCUCGAUGCAAACAUCAUGGAUUCCGUACCGCUUUGAAGGGGCAUAAAAGAUUUUGUAAAUGGAAAGAUUGUGAGUGUCAAAAGUGUAUUUUGAUCUGCGCGAGGAGAAAAAUCAUGGCUGCACAAGUUGCUAUAAGACGAAAGGUGGAUGACUGUUCAUUGAUGGACAGUACUAAAGUCGAAUCUUGUGAAGUGGAAAACAGGUCCACAACUGAUCAACGUGGCGCUCGUUCAACUUCAACAGGUGAGGAAUUUUAUGAGCUUAUAACUUGAGGGCAGAACCUUUCAAUAAAAACGUUAAAUAAAAAGCAGUGAAACAUACGCCUUUUCAUCAAUUAAUAGGGUUAAUCAUUAUCCGAUCGAUCUCGAACUUGAAGCUAUCGGGAUGGACAAAACCCUUGGUAUGGCAAGCUCUUAAACAGCGAAUGACUUUUUUUUUUCAAGAUGUCCACUGGUCCACGGUGAAAAUUAUACAGGUGCGGGAGGGAAGGGUUUGAAAGAAUUUUUACUUCACGAGUUAUAUGUUUACGUUGAUCAUAUUAAGAUGCUGAAAUUCUGCUAAAAAUGGACGUUGCACAACAUUAACACUCGGGCGAAAAGAACUACCUAUCAUGAUACUUCCAGCCAUUAUAGAGACAUAAUCCAGUACCUAAAAAUUUGGUAACAUAUUGGUCUUAAAAGAAGAAGUCAACGCAAACAAGUAAGGGAUUUGAUGUUUCAGUUGGUGGAUUAAUUUAAAACUUCAUAUUCACGUCAUUUCUAGCACUUUUGGUGGUAAUUUAUUUUUUCGGGAACUCAACAUUUUUGUGAUCGGUCUAUAGCUAGUUCGGAUUUUUUCACUGAGAACGUAUUUUGCGAGUCUAAUUAGCAACCACCCUUAAGAUUCUUGUGUUUGAAAAACCAGACGAAAGAAUUAUAUUCCAAAACAAAAUAAAGUUGUUAUCCUGUGACGGGAGAAACACUCGAUUGUUCUAAUUCAGGGUUUGAUUCAUGCUACAAAAUGAGCAUUUCUCGUGAAUGUCUGUGAGUAGAUCGUAGACCAUAGAAGACGCAAUAAUUUAUAGAUCCACAAAGGGUAUAGUGCUUAACAGUACGUAUGAAAAGAUUCCAUUUUAAAGUUAAAAAAUAUGAAUUUCUCAGCAUUGCCUGGACCGUCAAGAAAACGUCCCUUUGACAGGCCACCUGACCCCGCCAGGGUAGCAAGAUGCUCAUGGCUUCUGAAAAGGCUCUUUCCAGAUUUUUCUCAAAUAUCCCUACAUACACUGCUGGAAGCACGUGACUUCGACCUGCUGUCAACAUUGGAAACUUUGGUUGAUCUGCUGCAGAAUCGAGGCUUUAAUGUGCCAUAUCCAGGGGCAAUUCCAACCAAUAGCGUUUAUUCAUCAGGUAUGACAACAAGGCCGGCGUUGGCCAAUGAUUACGUAUGCUAGCACUAGCAAUAUUUUCUCUUCUAAAUGAGCAAAAAGUAGUUUGAUUUUUUCCUAUCCAAUUGUUACAACUACAUAAAAAACAUCUAUUUACAAGUACCUGCUUUUGCAUUUUGAAGCCAACGUUCAUUUAAAUUCAAUUCAAAUCAAAUGUAUUUGGCCAUGAAACACUAUCCAGAUCGUGGAGUGGUACUGGUCAAAUUAAAACUGAGCACAUGACUGGUAGAAAAACCAAUAGAGAGGAGAAGUCGUUACGUCAGGAUGCCAUGAUAGCAAAUUUCUGAAUGACAACAAACCAAAAACGUCACUUAAAAAGUGAAUUUGCACCGUUUCAAACUUCAGCGAUUUUAUUUGAUUUCAUUUAAUGUGUCAAAUGUUGGCAAAAUUUCUGGGUUUGUCGAAAGGACCGUUAAGUACAUCUCAGUUUCUAAUAUUAAAGCUGCCCUUCCCAGUUACAUUAUUUACUUCAUUUACUUCCAUUGUUUUCAGGGAUAGGGGCAUUGUUAUGUCACAAUCCUUAUUGUUUUCCCAGCCAAUCACAAACAGUCUUGCAAAUAGGUGCAGAUCACCCAGCAACAGUGCCACAAAACCCCAAAACCUUAAAAUUAUUAUCAUCUCCAACAGGGUUCUUUACUUCAGUUUGUUUAUUUAUUUUGUCAGGUGCUCCAGUCACUGCUUGCAUCAAGCUGUGGAAUGACCAGGAAACAGCAGCUCAAGCACUGAUAUUACUGGCUGCACAACAGAACUAACCUAACAUUGAAUGGCAC